CCUAAUGACGUCACUUGAGUUCAAACUGCGCCCUGUGAUUGGCUGCCGCUGUUAGUAGGCGGGGCCGUGCAACGUUGUGCUGGAGUGGAAGGAAGCUGCUCGCCGCGCUUAGCGAUGCUGGGAUCCUUACUGUACAUUGCAGCGCCCUGAACUCCCUGCACCCUUCUUUCUACUCCCUUCCUGCACCCUCUCACCCCAUCCUUACUGGAGGCCUCUGUCGAGUUUGAAAGCUUUAUCGGGCGCGAUGGACAUUUGCGGGGACAUGGCUAUGGAACUGGACUUGGCUCAUGUGCGCAAACGUCACUGCAUGGAUGACAUUGGAGAAUUUCCAAACAGUAAGCGCACAUGCAGAGGCCUGGAGAACCUUACUAACGGAGAUGGCAUUUUACUCAACCAGCUGAAUGAAUGUGACAUGGUGUACUUACAAAUGCAAAUGGCAGCCAAUAAGGACUCUUUCCAGACCUUGACACCACAGAGGCACCAGAAUAUGGUGGUUCCUGGCAGCAUGGGCUCUGGCCAGCCUUGUCCAAGAUGUAUUGCUGGGGAAUCUGGCCACAUCAACCAUAUUUUGGGGCUUUAGAGAGUCGGAGCACGUGGGGCAUAUGAUUCAGACGGGUUUUACUGCUGAAUGACAGGUCUUUCUGAUUCCAGCAUCCUCACCUGCUGCUUAUUCAUUACAUUCACUUGUUUCAAGAACCAAUCAGAACUGUAUCUGAUGUGUAUUUGCAACCUCUCCUGGUUGCCCAACAAUGCCUGGGGACUGUUUUUCAGACUGGCCUUUUACACGAGCACAGAUGCAGCUUCUAUAUAUUUCAUUGGACAAAACAUAGUUUAUCUUUUUAAUAUACAGUAGUAUAUUAUUAGCAUUAUAUACUAUGUGGCCAAAAGUAUCCUCACACCCCAUACUGGAAUAGUCUAUUUAAGCCGCCACUGUCAUUUUGGACACCGGUCCCGCUGCAUCAUGCUAUGACAUUCUUCAAAAUGUCCUGCUUUCUUCUUCGUGGCAUCAGUUUAAGGAAGACCCUCUUCUGGACAAUAAUGCAAGAAUCAGAAUUUGCUGAGAUGGGAGUGGGAGAACUUGGCUGGCCUGCACGGAGCCAUGACCUCCACACAAUUGACCACCUGUGGGAUAAAUUGGACCACUGAUGUAAGCUAGACCUGAUACCCCAACCUCUUAGUUGGAGGUAUGUGUUUCUAUUGACAACUAUGUUCUAACAUCUAUUGAAAGCCUUCCCAGAAGAGUAAAGAGAAUCGAAGUUUAAUACCCUUGGUUUUGGAUCGAGAUGAUGAAGUAUCCACUUACGUUUUGCCUUAUAGUUUACAUGAUUCAUAUACAGGGAACUAACUACACUAUGCAAAUUUGUAAACCACUAUCAGUUUUUUUUAUUUUUGUAAUGGGAAUUUUACAAAUAUAUCUAAAAAUCCACUUUAAUUGAAGCUUUGUUUCAAGUUUUAGUUAAACUAAUUUCUUUCCAUAAUUUUUAGGAUUCGAAAUUCUACGAGGGAUACAAUGUACUGUUUUGUAAUUAAUAUUCUUGAUUGCUCAGGAAAUAAUGUAAAAUAGUGGAACUGGUUUAUAGUACGGAUAUAGUAAGAUCCACCCUUUUUGCAAAUUUUUUUUUUUUUAAUUAAAAAGAUCCAGAAUUUAUCA